AUGCCGAGAAAGAUACCCAUGUUUUACAUUCUGAAGUGAAGGACACCUCCGAAGAAGUCGUCCAGCCAGAGAAAGAGGAAGAACUGAAUGGUGAUGUUGAUAACCCUCCCAUUGCCACAGAUCCUGUCCUUGAGCAAGCACAUGUUGAAUCAGGAAAGCCAGAUUUGCAUGACCAAAUAGAGGAGUCUAUAGGAUCAUAUGCCAAGUCACCUGAGGGAACUCCCAUGAGCCGAACCACUUUUGUGGAAUCUCAAUGCACACCAUCAAGUGAGGUCUCUGUUAAUACCAACAAGAGCAAGAGCAAGAGCAAAAAAUCAAAGUCUCAUGCAAGCAGAAGGUCGCUGACUAGUCCAAGCAGCAAUUCAGUCGGACGAAGCAGCACAGAUAAUCUGUCAAAGGAUUAUAAGCAUGCGAAGAGAGAGAGCUCAGGCAAGGUUGCCAAGUCUGACAACGCUGAUCAAGAACCUCGCAUGAGCAACAGCACUCCAUUGCCAAGUUACAUGCAGUUCACAGAAUCUGCAAGAGCAAAGGCGGCCGCUCUAUCCCCAAAGUUAAGCCCAGAUGUGCAAGACAACAACCCGAGGAAGAGGCAUUCUUUGCCCAUAACAAACGGCAAAAAUGAAACAUCUCCUCGCAUGCAACGGUCAUCUUCCCAAGCCCAGCAAAAUGUGAAGAGCAGCGUUGCUGUUCCUCACACUCCAUCUGAUAAGAGGUGGAAUAUAUGAUGUAUGGCAGCACAUCGACGAGGUGCCAUCAAAUAUCUAGAAGCACUCAUCUCGCGCCCUUGUUUUCUCGUCGCAGGCCCUCUAAUUCGUCAGUUGUUUCUUAAUAUUUUUUUCUUGGAAUGCUGAUGGAGAAGAGCAGCAGCUUCAUCAUAUAUGUACAUUUGUUGGUUGAUCUUAUUGGUUGUGUUAUUUGACUGAUAGUGCUAUUUCUUUUGUGUGUAAUACAUAUCCUACUUGACUUGUAUUGGAACGAGCAACAGCAGUGUGGAUUUGAAAAAUGAUGAUCUGUUAUAUU